AUGCAGAUUUUCGUCAAGACCCUCACGGGCAAGACGAUUACGCUGGACGUCGAAGCGUCAGACACGAUAGACAACGUCAAGGCCAAGAUCCAGGACAAGGAGGGCAUCCCUCCCGACCAGCAGCGCCUCAUCUUCGCUGGCAAGCAGUUGGAGGAUGGCCGCACGCUUUCCGAUUACAACAUCCAGAAGGAGUCCACUCUCCACCUGGUGCUGCGCCUCCGCGGCGGAGUCAUCGAGCCGUCCCUGGCGGUGCUUGCGCGCAAGUUCAACUGUGAGAAGAUGAUUUGCCGCAAAUGCUAUGCACGCCUCCACGCCCGGGCUGUGAACUGCCGCAAGAAGAAGUGCGGGCACAGCAACCAGCUCCGUAAGCCGGCCCUGAUGGACAGGAAUUCGAGCGGUCCUAGCCGAGCAGGCCCUUCACAGCAGAGGCCUUGCUGGACUCCUGGCCGUGGGACGUGGGACCCAGAAGAGCACGUCGCUGAACUGGAAAAAUCGGUGCUCGCUCUUUGA